GGCAAUUGGAUGCUCCACUAGGAAGCUCUAGCCUUGACAUUUCUCAAAGACAUCAAUCAGCCUUGUCCUGUUCCAAACAAUCAACUAAAGAUUUUAAUUGCCUUCCAAUUCGGUUUUCCUAUUUUUUACAACCGCAAGAAUGGCAGACUCUGACGGUGAAUAUGUCGACGAUCUCUCAGAUGAUGAUAUUGGAGCACCCGCCAAUGUAAAUGCUGGACAUGGCACUCGAUCUACUGGAGCUGCCACAGGCGCUGCCGGGUCAGCUGCGAAAGAAAAAGCUGCAAAUGGUGGUGGUAAUAGGCGGAAAGCUGCAUGGGAAGAUAUUCAAAGAAGUUGGGAUACUGUAGUCGAAGGAGCAGAUGGUAGUAUCAAUUCUACUGUUGAGGGGUUAAGGGAAGCUAACAAAAGGAAGAGAUUAUUGAGAGAUACGACGCCCUUACAGCGAGGUAUUAUUCGCCACUUCAUUCUCAUCCUUGACCUCUCCUUCGCCAUGACUGAAAAGGACAUGCGCCCCACGCGUUACCUCCUCACCAUCCGUUACGCCAGCGAAUUCGUUACCGAAUACUUCGAACAGAACCCUAUCUCGCAACUUGGAAUUAUUGGCAUGCGCGAUGGUAUUGCAGUGCGCAUUUCAGAUAUGAGUGGAAAUCCUACCGAACAUAUUGAGCGAUUGAAAGCCCUCCGCGUAGACCAAGGUCAAGGGAAUCCCAGUUUACAAAAUGCUUUAGAGAUGAGUAGAGCUGCACUAUUUCACGCUCCAAGUCAUGGUACGAGGGAGAUACUUAUUAUAUACGGUGCCCUACUUUCAAGUGAUCCAGGCGAUAUCCAUGAAACGAUUUCCUCGCUAAUAACGGAUCGCAUACGGGUUAGUAUUGUAGGACUUGCAGCCCAAGUUGCCAUUUGCGCCGAACUGUGCUCGCGCACUAAUGCUGGGGAUGAUACGGCAUAUUCUGUUGCAUUGAAUGAAGAACAUUUCAGACAAUUAAUGAUGGCAACUACAACGCCCCCAGUCACGCGUACCAAAAAGCAGUCACAGAGUAGUCUACUCAUGAUGGGCUUCCCAUCUCGAACACUCGACCCAGGAAAAAGCAUGAGCUUUUGCGCAUGUCAUGGGAAGCUAAGUAGAGGAGGCUAUCUAUGCUCUCGAUGUGAAAGUAAAGUGUGCUCACUCCCAGCGGAAUGCCCAGCAUGCGGCCUCACUCUUAUUCUCUCCACUCAUUUGGCCCGCUCAUAUCAUCAUUUAUUCCCCUUGCGUAAUUGGGCUGAAGUUCUUUGGAAAGAUGCCGGAAAAUCUAAAGGGUGUUAUGGGUGCCAAGUAACUUUUCCCCAAAGGGACGAGCAUGAGAAAAGUGCCUCCGAACAACCAUUGAAGGGCAUGAGUGAGAGUGGGAGAUAUGCGUGUGAGGUUUGUGGUAAUCACUUUUGUAUUGAUUGUGAUGUCUUUGCACAUGAGGUAGUGCAUAAUUGCCCAGGUUGUCAGAGCGACACAAGAGGUUCGAUUAGUGGUGUUGAUGGGGGAGGUGGGGGAGCUCUAGCAAGGAGCUUGGAGAAGGAUAUGGAUGCUAUGGUUGAAUGAUCAGCAUCUAGUUCAGAAGUUCUAAUCCACGCGCAAACGGGGAAAAUAAAACUUGGCGUCAGGGCAAAAGCAUAGGCGAUUGGGAUAGAUUUUACGGCCCAAUGAUUCACUAAACAAAUACUAAAAAGGAGUCAGUGAUCAAAUGAAAUAAUACUAGCGAAAAUUACAGGCGGGGCGUUUAGGAGAUUGAGUUAGGAUUGGAUAGCACAGUAAACUGCAACUCAGCUUGGUAAAUAUUUAUUCAAGGAAGGACAUACAUAUAUGAGUGGAAGAUGGGAGAGAUAUGCUAUAGACAAUAAUGUAAGGGAAGUUAGAGAAGCGAAGCUA